GGGGGGGGGGGUUAAGGAGAGGCAAGGGAGUGACACAGACAAAGAGAGCAGGUUGAGAAAACAAAUGUAUAAAAAGAGGGACUGUGAGAAAAGAGUCAAACGAUAAGGAGAGAAAGAAAGCAGGAGUGAGGUAGGGAAAAACAGGCAGACAGGGAGAAUAGAAUGUUUAGGCUAGAGACCAGAGUCCAGAGAGAAAAAUAAACUAAAAGGGUGACUCAGGGAAAACUCCAGUCCGGUCAUGGAAGCAGAGCUGGAAGAAGAGGAUGGGAGUUUCACUAACAUCUCCCUAGCUGAUGACAGACCUACAGUGGACAGAGGAACUGCAGUCCUGCAUACCAAACAGGACAAGGAGGACUUCACCAUGAACUGUGACAUGGAUGGAGACAUGGAGAACCAGGUAGAGAUGGAGGAGAAGACGAGGCUCAUCAACCAGGUGCUGGAGCUACAACACACACUGGAAGACCUUUCAGCACGUGUGGAUGCGGUCAAAGAGGAGAACCUGAAGUUGAAGUCGGAGAACCAGGUUCUAGGCCAGUACAUCGAGAACCUCAUGUCGGCCUCCAGCGUGUUCCAAACCACCGACAACAAGAGCAAACGGAAGUAACCCAUGACGACCAAGGGGAGUGAGACCCCCUACAAUAGCCUGGUAGCAGAUCUGUUUGUGCCAUCUCCAUGUUUGGGAUGACACAAACCGUAGGCAUGAUAGCACAAACAGACUGGCACUCAGGCUACCUGCAACAUCUCCUCUCCCAAGUGACAGCAGAGGAGGUAGAUGCUGUUUGUAACCACAGUUCUAGGGACGGAUAUGGACGUGUUCCAAAUGGCAGAUUAUUUCCUAAGUAGUGCACUAUGUAGGGAAUAGGAUGUCAUGAGCUCUGGUUAAAAGUAGUGUACUAUGUAGGGUAGUCUGAUCCUAGAUCUGUGGUUAGGGGCAACUUCUAAUUCCAGACCCCAAAAUCCUCCCUACACUCCAACCACACCCCCAACCCUAAGAGUCCAGUUUACAUUGUUGUUUGACCUCUUUUUACCCUCCUAACAUCAAACCCCAGACAUGAUUUAACGGUUUUAGAAUUCAUCUUAUUUUAGAAUACUGUUUUGUUGUCAUGUCAACUGCAUCUGUAAUGAGUUUUGACAUCAGACCUUUUUUUAUUUUGAUGACUGGUUAAUACUGGUUGGAUCUGGAAGGAAACUGGACUUGUUGUAUAUGAAUAUGGCCAAACUCCUGGCCCCAAAUUUGAAUCAAACAUAUUGAAUGACAUGUCAAUGUCAUUCAAUAAUAUAAUAUUAACACAUUCCAUCGACUUAUCUCUCAUCUGAUUGAUUGGUCGAAAGGUUACUAAGUAUGUUUUUUAAUUGUUAAUUUCCACCACUUAUUGAUCAACACAAACAUUAUGAAAUAUGAUUCUGUAUGAUGUAUUUUUAAGCAGUACUACUGGUAUGCUACUCAUUCCACUAGGAAUGGGAUUCCUAAUUCAUAUCGUCACCAUGGAGUGCUGUGUGAAGUCAGUAGGUAAAGGAAAAAGCACAGUAAACGUGUUAUGCUGUACAUAACAAAUGAUGCCAUCUUGAAUGCAACCCUUGACUAGGGUCAAGCUACACUACAGGGUGAGACGGCCUCCUUUACCUAUGAUGGUGGAGGGAGGACAGAGUCAGGGAGGACAGAAGAGAGCUCUGCUUUUUACAGUUAAGAGCCUUGAGUGGUAUUGAUUAGAACACUCAGGCUGUAGAACACUCCGGAAGGUUCUGUCAGUGCAUUAACACAGAGCUGCUGAUGGUAAUGGACUGUGGAAGCCCGAGGCUGGUUAUAGUAGAGAGAAAUAAGGUAAGGGUACAGCAAGAAAUUCUAUGAGAACCUUUAUCAGGGAUGUGAUUGGGAUUUUGGCUAGGAGAUAGCUAGGUCAGUUUCAAUUCUAUUUGAAUAGAGGAUAAAAUGGUUAAAUGCCUAAUUAAUCAGGAAGAAUCACAACACUCAGUUGUACAGAGAUCAGAGUUUUGAGGUUCUAUUGGUUCCAGGUGCUAAAGGAAUAGAUUAGGGAAUAUUGAGAUGAUUCCACUGCACUUCAAUGCAUCACGUUAUUUAAUUUUAUUUCAAUAUAAAAUAGUAUUUUUAUUUUGUAAUAUGUUAAAUGGUAUUAUAUUGUAUGCUCCACGGACUCUUGUUAGUCCCAAAUGGCACUCUAUUCCCUAUAUUAGUGCACUACUGUGGGCCUAUAGGGCCCUGGUCAAAAGUCGUCCACUGUUCCCUACAUAGAGUGCCAUUUGGGACAUCCACCUUAGUUUUUCCUUCAGGCAUGUUGAUAAUGUCUACACACAUCCUAUGGAACUAACUGCCUGGUGUGUAGAAGUUUAGAGCUUCUAUGACUAUGUUGCCUUUUAACACUUUUGUUUUAAUAAAAAAAAAUACUUGUUA